AUGAGAGAAGCGAAACUUGCUAUAAAACGCGAAAAACACCCUAUACCUACAACUGAAGAAAUAAUCACAGACCUUAACAAAGCGCAAUUUUUCAGCACACUAGACCUCAAAGCAGGAUACCAUCAAUUUGAACUUCAUCUGGACAGUCGCUAUACUAAAUUCACUACACACUCUGGUCUUUUCUGCUAUAAACGUCUCAUGUUUGGCGUUAACGCAGCGUCGGAGAUAUUUCAAAACACGGUUGCACGAAUGCUUGCAGGUCUCAAAGGUUGUCGCAAUAUGUCGGAUGACAUAGUAGUCUGUGGAACAACUAAACAGGAACACGAUGAUAACCUCAAAGCGGUGCUACAACGCUUGAAAAAUUGUAACGCUCGUCUAAAUAAAGACAAAUGUACUUUCUCAAAGACAAAAGUCAGCUUCUUUGGUCAUAUAUUUUCUGGAGACGGCGUUAGUCUUGACCCCCAGAAAAUUGCAGCGAUUGUCAACAUGAAACCACCAAAGAACGCAAAAGAAAUACGAUCUUUUCUAGGAAUGGCGCAAUACGUAUCACGUUUCAUUCCGGGUUAUGCAUCACUGUCAACACCUUUGCGACUGCUCACCCACAACAACGUCGAAUGGACAUGGGGAGAAACUGAGCAACAAGCGUUUAUCCAGUUGAAGGAUAAGUUAGCAAAAGCAGAUGUUACAGCUUACUUUAAUCCUAACCUAGCAACAGUUGUGGUCGCAGACGCGAGCCCAACGGGCCUCGGAGCAAUGUUAUGUCAAGAAGGCCGUGUGGUAGCUUAUGCCAGCCGUACACUAACUAACAAACACAGAAUCGAGAUACUCGCAAUUGAACGCGAAGCCCUCGGAGUAACAUGGGCAAUUACGCAUUUUCAUAUGUAUCUCUUUGGCAGCAAGUUCACAGUAUAUACGGACCAUAAGCCACUGUUAUCACUCUUUAAUAACAAAAACUCAAAACCUACAGCGAGAAUCCAACUAUGGCUCCUAAGAUUGCAACAAUACAACUUCACACUUAACUUCAAAGCUGGAACAGAUAAGCCAAGCGAUUACCUGUCAAGACACCCUGUAACUGUCAACACAGUAGACCGAACAUCACAAACAGCUGAUGAUUAUGUAAACUAUGUUUGCAGAAACGCAGUUCCAAAAGCAAUGACACACUCCGAAGUGAGUAAUGAAACACAAAGCGACCCUGCAAUGCAGAAGCUGAAACUAGCUAUUAUGGAAGGAAACGCAAGCUGUUGGAAAGAUUCUGAUAUCGCAGACUUCAAAGCAAUUAAACAUGAAUUUUCAGUUAAAGACAAUGUGAUACUCCGUGACACAAGAAUAGUCCUUCCGAUAAGCCUAAGAUUACGAGCAGUAGAUCUAGCACACAAGUCCCAUCAGGGCAUAGUGAAAACUAAGCAGCUAAUACGCGAAAAAGUCUGGUUCCCAGGAAUAGACAGUAUGGUAGAGCGCAAAGUCAAGAAUUGCCUGUCAAUCGUCAUCAUCGAUCGGUUCACCACCAAAGCCACUGAGAAUGUCAAAGCUUCCAGAAAGAGAAUAUCUACUGGUAAUCAUAGACGAUUUAGCCGGUUUCCAGAAGUCGAAAUCGUAUCGUCUACCUCUGCAAAAUCUACAAUUCCGAAACUGGACGCUGUCGUUGCCCGCCAAGGCAUACCGGACAUUGUAAAAAGCGAUAAUGGACCUCCAUUUAAUGGUUUUGAAUUUUCGCAGUUCUCGCAGAAAUGUACUCCAUUGUGGCCACGUGCCAACGGUGAAGCAGAACGCUUCAUGCGUACGCUUCUCAAGCUAGUACACACAAGUACUACAUCUGGACUUAACUGGAAACAGGAACUUUGGACAUUUCUUCGCAAAUAUAGAGCCACACCUUAUUCAACUAAGGGCAAAUCGCCUAGUGAGGCUCUCAAUGGAAGAAAACUUAAAACAACUCUUCCACAAGCCAAAGAUAAAUCGACAGGCAUACAUCAAUGCAUCCGCGGAAAGGACAGAAAGAAGAAAGACGCAAUGAAAGCCAAUGCUGAUAAACACUUACACGCUAAACCAACAACCAUAAACAUCGGUGACAAAGUACUCAUUAAGCAGAAACGUAGAAAUAUGCUCGACCCUCCAUUUAAUCCGGAACCUUUUGUUGUCGUCGAAAGGAAGGGAAAUUGUAUAACAGCACAACAAGGCGAAAUUUCUGUCACCAGAAACUGUACCCUUUUCUAG